CCUUUCUCUCUCUCUCUUUCCAGACAAACUCAGCGCGGUGAAGUCAUUGUAGCUCAUCUGCACUUUUUAAAUCGGCACUCCUAAAGGAAGGACUCUGCACUCAGCUUGGAGCGAGCGUGAGCAUAACCAGCGAACCUGCACACGUCCGACGAGCCUCUGCCCGCCUGCGUUCCACGCCCUCAACCUUUCACUCUCCCUCCGCAAAACCAGCACCAGCCAUGGCUAACAAAGGUCCCUCAUACGGCCUGAGCCGCGAGGUGCAGGGAAAGAUAGACAAGAAGUACGACCCAGAGCUGGAAGAGCGACUGGUGCAAUGGAUCAUGGCCCAGUGCGGGAGCGGAGUGGGUCACCCAGAGGCUGGCAAAACUGGUUUCCAGGCCUGGUUAAAGGAUGGCUGUGUGCUGGCUGAGCUGAUUAAUAGCCUAUACCCCAGUGACAAGCCCAUCAAGAAGAUCCAGAGCUCAAGCAUGGCCUUCAAGCAGAUGGAGCAGGUGUCUCAGUUCCUGGGCGCAGCGGAGCGUUAUGGCGUCACCAAGACCGACAUGUUCCAGACGGUGGACCUCUGGGAGGGGAAAGACUUGGCAGCAGUUCAGAGGACCCUGGCGGCAUUGGGCAGCCUGGCAGUUACUAAGGACGAUGGCACUUACCGUGGCGACCCCAACUGGUUUCACAAAAAAGCCCAGGAGAACCGACGGGAUUUUACUGAGGAUCAGCUGAAGGAGGGCAAGAAUGUCAUCGGAUUGCAGAUGGGCUCCAACAAAGGAGCAUCCCAGGCCGGCAUGACGGGGUAUGGCCGACCCCGACAGAUUCACAACUGAGCCUCCUCACCACCUCCCAGCAGCCCCUCCCCCACUGGCCCCAUCCCAUGCUCCUCCCCUCGACCAAAGAUUGGACCAACUCCACGCGUUCAGUCUUAACAAAUUGGAUUGGCUCCUCAAGAACUGUGUGAAGACCAGAAGAAACAGUGAGCGAAUAAUCUAACCAAACUGCCAACCAGUCAAGAAGAAACACUAUGCAAGGAUAAUGAUGACUAAACCAUAUUUCCCCAUCUACAUAGUCAACCAAACAUUUAAAUAUGUACAUGUUUUUCCAAAUCUUAGUGUACACUGUAAAUUAAAGCCUUAAUUCCAAGUAGCCAGAACACUGCAUGCGUUUCUGUUAUUAUAAAACAUCCUCGCCUUAUAUCAAGUUAACUGAAGUUCAGGCAAUCGCAGCGCUGCCACGGAUGACCACGUUCAUUGGCACGAAGGUCACCAUGCAGGUGUUGCUCGUGCCAAAUUUACACUCCACGGCUUGGGUCUUGAGACGCAGAUCUGCUUCCGUCUAUCGAAUGUGAGCCUGAGAUGAUUGGGCUCACUGGGAGAGAAAGCACAGCUCUUCCCCUCCAGAGAUUGCAGUCAUGGCCAUCAGCUCUCCCCACUAAUGCCUAGUGUUUUUUGUACAUUGUCUAACUAAAAGCAACUUUGAAAUAAAAAUCAAGAUUAAUUUUAAAA